AUGGGCAUCGCUGCACUCAGCGAGACCCGCUUCUCAGAACAAGGCCAACUGGAGGAGGUUAGUACCGGCUACACCUUCUUCUGGAGUCGUCGGCCCAGGGCAGAGCGACGAGACGCGUGUGUCGCCUUCGCCAUCCGGAAUGACAUCGUGGGACGACUGCCCCAUCUGCUGCUGGGCAGCAACGCUCGCCUGAUGAGCCCCCAUCCGUCUCUCGGGGGAGGCAAAUACGCCACUUUCAUCAGCAUCUACGCUCCCCGAUGA